AUGGGGGAUAGCCUAACAUAUCAAUCCGGUACUCAUGGCCGGACGAUGAUGGAAACCUACUACGGCAUCGUCAGGACACCCGUCGAUGCCAUCAAGCUCUUCGAAGCCUGCCGGCAGGGCGUUCUGCCACGAGUACAACGGCGACUCUCCGAGAAGGAGCGCCAGGCGAUUCGGUCGGGAUCAGUGUUUGUGUGGGACGAACGCGAGGCGGGCAUGAGGAGAUGGACGGAUGGCAAGUCAUGGAGCGCUAGCCGCGUGUCGGGCAGCUUCUUGACAUAUCGUGAGAUGGAGGGCAAAAGGGGUUCUGGCUUCGGCAGCAGCAGGAGAGGAGCCGGGAAGACGCCAGAGUCAGGAAGGGGGAGCGACGAGGACAGGGACGAUGGGGAGCCAGACGGAUACCGGUAUAAGGCUGACGGGCUUAUGAAGCAAUCCUUCAGCAUCACCACCUCCCAGGGUCAGCAUCUCCAUCUGAUUGCCUACUACUCGAGGGGUUCAACAGACCUGCCGCAGCCCAGCACAGAUCCAGCCCUCCGACACAUCAUUCCAGCCAAGGGCAUGUAUCCCGAAUCGAGCCUAAACGACACGCCGUUACCUGCUUUGACGAGAGCGCCGAUGCAGCCGCCGCCGCCGUAUCCCCAUCAUUAUCCUCCUCCCCCGUAUCACGUUAACUACCCUCAUUGGCCCCCGUCGCCGAUCAGCACACCUCCCUAUGGCCACGGCCAACAUCCUUACCCGCAACCGCCGCCGCAUCACUUACCCUAUCCAAUUCAUCCGAGCUAUUCGCAUCCGCACGCUCAACCCCCUCAUCACAGCUCACCGUAUGACCGGCCGCCGUUAGCAUUACCCCCUCCUCAUCAGACACCGCAACUUCCUCCUCCUCCUCCUCCUCCGCCGCCACCACAGUCGAAGGUCACCCUACCCGAGCCAUAUCCGCAGAGCCAGCAUCACUCAUCACAGACGACUCUGCCCCCGCCCCGUCCAUCCCUGCUCGACUCGCCCCGAGCACAGCAAUUACAAGCCCAAGCUCGCGAGGCGGUCCGGAUCGAAGCCCGCUUCGAGUAUAGCACCAGCCCUUCGCGCUCGACCGUCCCAACCACCCUCCCACCCCUCCCCAUUCCCCGCACUCAAACCAACGGCACCUCUCAUCACCCGCCGCCCCCUCCCCCCCCUCUCAUCACCACAAGCCCACGCGUCCGCGAGCUUUCGCAAUCACCCCCAGCCCAGCCCCGCAGCGGCGUCUCUGACAGCUCGAGGAGUGACCGCACCCCAACAACAGCCAACACCAACACCAACAAAGCCAGCCUUUCUGCUCUGCUCCUGCACGAUCCUUCCACAACGUCGACCUCCGCAAGCGCGACGACACCGUCGUCGACAGAACUAGCUAGCGCGAACCCGUUCUCUGCGCCCACGACAUCGGCUCCACCGACAUCAUCACAGGGGUAUACAUACACCAAUACGACGGGGACGUCGCCGAGGGCGUUAGAGCCUGCCCCGACGUUGGUGCCGCCUUUGCCGGCGACAUUGCAGCCUGCGGUCGGGACGGUGGGUGCAGUGAAUGGGGUGACGGGAGCGGGACAGACGUUAGAGGAUGUUAGGGCUAUUGGGGCGUUGAAUAAGAAUUUUUGUGGGUGA